GAGCAGCUGUUUCCAGGCUGGAUGGAGCAGCAGCGGACUGGCGGCGAUUCAGUCUCGUUGCGACCGUCGCGUUGCGAGGACCCAUCGUCGUUGUAAGAAAGAAAAAGGGGAAGAAAGAGGGAGAGCCGACCGAGCGAGCGUUUCACGUGGAAGGCCAUUUAACCCCCGUCGUCACGUGCUUCCGUUGCGUGCUCGAGAUUUCGACGGCGGUGCGGAAUUGCGGGAGGAGGAGGAGGUGGAGGAUCCAGGAGGUCGAUUAAAUUUCACCGUCGCGGGACAGUGCCGUCGAUGAAAGUCCGGGAUCAUCGGCUGAAUCUCCCCUGCGUAUAACUCACAGCCAUGGUAUGACACUCGAUUGAGGUAGCCAGCCCAUAAGCGACGACCAGCAGCAGCCGAACGCCAUGAGCAAGCUAUUUCAAUUUCUGGCUCUCCUCCUGCUGGGUGUCAAUGCCAGACGGACCGACGGAGACAGACCUGCGGAUGACGCGUACGCCAGCCAGCGUCGCGGCACCCUCCACAAGUCGAGUUACAACGGCAACGGCAAUAAUAAUUACAAUCAUCAGUCGAACUCACCCUAUCUGCCGUAUCAGCAGCCGCGCGAGAGGAAGCCCAACAUCGUGCUGAUUCUGACGGACGAUCAGGAUGUCGAGCUGGGUUCGCUGAACUUCAUGCCACGGACCCUGAGGCGAAUAAGGGACGAGGGCGCCGAGCUGAGACACGCAUACGUGACCACUCCCAUGUGUUGCCCAAGUAGGAGCUCCUUGCUGACCGGUCGUUACGUUCACAAUCACGAGGUCUUCACGAACAACGACAACUGCAGCAGUCCCCAGUGGCAACGAGAUCACGAGCCACACUCCUUCGCUGCUUACUUGAGCAACGCGGGAUACCGGACAGGAUACUUCGGCAAGUAUUUAAACAAGUACAACGGCUCGUACAUACCGCCGGGAUGGCGGGAGUGGGGCGGCCUCAUAAUGAACUCGCGCUACUACAACUACAGCGUCAACAUGAACGGCAAGAAGAUAAAGCACGGCUUCGAGUACAGUCGGGACUAUUAUCCGGACCUGAUAGCCAACGACAGCGUGGCUUUUCUCAGACAGAGCAAACACAAUUUCGCCCGGAAGCCGGUAAUGCUCGUUGCGAGCUUCCCGGCGCCGCACGGCCCGGAGGACUCGGCGCCGCAGUUCUCGCAUCUCUUCUUCAACGUCACCACUCAUCACACGCCGGCGUACGAUUACGCGCCGAAUCCCGACAAGCAGUGGAUAUUGCAAGUGACGCAGAAGAUGCAGCCCAUUCACAAGCAGUUCACGGAUCUCUUAAUGACGAAGCGACUGCAAACUCUACAGAGCGUCGACGCCGCUGUAGAUAGAAUUUAUCAAGAGUUGAAGGACCUGGGCGAGCUGGAUAAUACGUAUAUCAUAUACACGUCCGAUCACGGAUACCAUCUGGGACAAUUCGGCCUUAUAAAAGGCAAGAGUUUCCCGUUCGAGUUCGACGUGAGGGUGCCGUUUUUAAUCAGAGGUCCUGGCAUCGAGGCUGGAUCCGUAGUAGACGACAUAGUUCUGAACAUCGAUCUGGCGCCGACGUUCCUGGACAUCGCCGGCGUCGAGACGCCGCCGCAGAUGGACGGUCGUUCCUUCAAGAAACUCUUCCUCAAUAGCAAGCACGGCAGAAGGUCAAAGUUCAAGUGGCCAGAUACGUUCUUGAUCGAGUCCUCUGGCCGCCGCGAGACUCCGGAGUCCAUCGCCGAAUCGAAGGCGCGGGAAGCCAGGAGGCAAAACGCCACGCAGAGCAAACAGCCGCCAAGCUCGACGCCGGAAGAGGAAGAAAACAUCGCCGACUCGGAUACCGAUAUCGAAGCGGAGCAUCGAUUUACGGACAACGACACCGGCAGUGACCAGGAUAUCUCGGAGGACGAGGACUUUGAGGAUUCGAUCAUCGACGAGACAAAUUCGGAGCUGCACCUGGACAACAGAGUACAUACCCUGUCGACGAAGCACGAGCGGCUCGCAGCGGAGUGUUCGCGGCCAGAAGCACAGACCGAUUGCCUGCCCGGUCAAAAGUGGCGAUGCGAAUGGGACGGACACCGUUGGCGACGGCAUAAGUGCAGGUACGCGGCACCUCCGCCGUUGCAGAGGGAGUCGAAGAAGUGCGCCUGCUUCACGCCGACCGGCGUGGUCUACACGAGGCUCGAGUCCAACAAUUACGACAGACUCGGAUUCGCUCGGGAGCGCAGACCCGCGGAUCCCUACGGCGAUAUGCCGAGAUACUUCGCCAAACGAGGCAAACGAGAAGUGUCCAACGAUACCGUGCUAGAUCAAGGGAACGACGAGGACUUCGAUGUCUAUUUAGAGGACGAGCGCGAUAGGCGCGCGGUCGACGAGGAGGACGACGAGGACUUCCUGCAAGAGUUGGAUCUGCUAACGCAGCAGAUGAAGAAGGAGUACGCGCGAGCCAGGAAUGCGCGUGGCGAUGGAACGAUCAUCGACGACGAUGGCAUCGACAGGGAGGACACGCUCGACCAUCUGGAGCAGCAGGUUUCCGGCUAUUCGUCCGACGACUUCGACCUCACGUUAGACGAAGUCAUCAAGGGCCGAUUGAACGUGGACGACGUGGUCAGGAGGCACCGUAGGGUACGGCGAAGUGUCGCGAAGAAGGACACCAUAGAGCACGUGACUAAGAUCAUGGAGAGCAUAGAGGAGGAGUUGGACGACUUGAAGCAAACUCAAGCCCGUCACUCGUCCGAAGUAGUGAGAACACCGAAAUGCCUGGUCUUACCGAAGGGUGGUGUCAAUUGCACCGAGGCGGUGUACCACGAUCCUAACGAGUGGCGGAUAUCGAGACGGGAAAUCGAACAGCAAAUACGGAAGAUGCGAGAACAACUGGAAACGUUGAAGGAGAUUCGCCGACACCUGAUGAAGAAGCGGCCGCAAUUCGUCCCGGACAACGAGGAGAAGCUCGCCGACGCGGAGGAAUCUCACGGCUCGCACAGACCUUACCACCAUCCUCCGAAAGGUCAUACAAGUCGCCACCACAAGAAAUACGACAAGACCACUCACGCGAACGCGGAGCGCGUCACGAGCACGUCCACGGAGUUCGCUACAACGGAGACCGCUACAAGUACGGUUGACGAGAGAAUGUCGACGACGAAGGAGAAGCCCGACAAACACAGCACGAUUUCAAUCGAGACUGCCUGGCCCGGGGCCAGCAGUGCGACUGAGACAUCAACCGCGGCGACCACCACUUCGGGCAGGUCGAAGAAACAACCUCGCCGGCAGAAAACGAAGGAAACGAACCGAACGGAGACCGAGGAGGACAAGCCUCAGAGGCGCAGGAAGACGCAUCAUCAUCGGAGGAACAACACGCUGCUCACGAACAGCGUGCACGACGACGUGGCGCCGCGCGCGACGCAGGUGAACGUGACCGUCGUCGCGGACAACACCGGCGAGACGACGACGUCGAUCACGCAAGACACCACGUCUCACAAUAGACACAACGACGGAGAACGCGUCCUCACGACCAUGCCCGUCACAAUGACGGCGACUGUGCAAACCACCACUGUGCAGCAAGCAGAUGUGUCCCGGAGCGGCAACGACCUUCAGCACACGGAUCGCGGCGCGGAAUCGACGGCCACCGAGCAACCACCGGGGACCACCGCGACGAUAACCAACAUGCAAACGACGGAUACACCGAGGACUAACCCGGUGACUGGCAAAACUGCGAGCCCCGACCGAUCGCGAAAUACACCCAUCGGUACGACACCGACGAUGCCGACGACCACGCAACCGUUGAGGAAGUACACCAAGGUGCAGAAGAAUAGGACGUCGGGGAUUCUCGGGCCAGCCAGAAUAGACGUUACGAUUCUCGAAGCUCCUAGCAGGAGGCACAAACAAGGUGCGAACGCGAACAGUAACAACGGUCGGUCACCGGUGGUGCAAAACGGCUCGUUGGAGGCGCGAUACAAAUGCUACUGCGAGCCCGACACAAAAAAGGACGAGAAGGAGAUCGCGAGGGAGGAAAGACGGAGAUUGAAGGAGGAGCGUUUGAAGAAAAAGGAACGGAAGCUCCGGAAGAAGGCCAAGUUGGAGAAGGAGUGCCUGACGGAGAAGAUGAACUGUUUCGAGCACGACAACGACCACUGGCGCACCGCGCCGUUGUGGAGCGCCGGGCCGUUUUGCUUCUGCAUGAACGCGAACAACAACACGUAUUCGUGCAUACGCACGAUCAACGUGACGCACAAUUUCCUCUACUGCGAGUUCACCACGGGACUUGUGACAUUUUAUAAUCUGAGGAUCGAUCCAUUCGAGCAAUGGAACAGAGUGUCGUCCUUGACGCUCACUGAGAGAUCCUAUUUACACGACCAAUUGGAGCACUUGAAAGGAUGCAAAGGUACAAGGGACUGCACGGUCGGCAGUGCUAGAGAAGCUAUGCCGCAGCUUCAGCAGCAUCAACGAAUCACGAAAAGAAAGUACAGCGACCCGUUCGGUAUGUUUAUACCCUCGACGUUACAAAUUAUGCGCGAGGACGGACUUGCCAGCGCAGCCAGCAAGAAGCGGAAGAAGUUGCCGAACGUUUGGAAUAGGCGCAGCAGAAGCUGGCAGAGUAAUUGGCGGCAUCAUCAAGAUUCAACGAAUUUUCGGCACAGACACCCGUAUUGAUCGAUAAUACAUCUUUCUCUUCUUUUCUAUACACAUCAACAAUCGCGUGACAAAUUGCCCUAGGUAUACGUUAAUUUCGCAAUGCAUUUAGUAGCCUAAUUUAUUUACUAAUAAAUAACGAAGACCACGGUGAUAUUUGAAUUAAUGACAUUUCGAUUCCAUUAGAUCUUCAUCGUCUACAUAUCGUGUGUGUUCUCGAUAUGCUUUGUGGCGAUCGUAUCGGGCGUACACCGCGUAAUAGUUUCGCAUGCACCUACGUGAAACGCGUUUGAAUUUAUAGAUACGCGAAGUAAUGAAUUUCACACGAUUGGGAUUGCGAAUAAUCAAUUUCUAGCAGAGAAUAUAGAGACGUAGAUAGGCACGUGAUUUUACUUCGUAUAUACACUUUUCACGUUAAUUUAUUUAUCCUUUGGAAACGCGAACUAUUUAGCGAAGGAUUAUAUUGUGCAAGUAAUGAUCACGGUUAAUUUUUGGGAAAAAAAAAUUUCGAGACACGUCACGAGUAACGGCUAAUAAUGGCAUUUUCACGUGAAUUAAUUAGAGAGAUAAUAUUAUAUUAAAAUCUUUUUUCUUUUAGUAAAUCGACGCGAGGACUAAUCUCAAUAAACAAUUGCUGAAAGAAACUUUCUUGUUAAAUUACUGAAAUCAGCUGUGUAAUAGAAGACUGCGAACGCACAACGAAAACGGAAAAGAAUUUAAUCUUCCCUUGUCAAUUGCAAUGUUUCCGCGAUUAUUUAUACAAUCAGCAAGUGACGUUUACCAAAUGCUGCCAUUUUAUUUAGCCCUCCCAUUGCCUUCGUGCAAAUAAAAGAUAUGGUUACUCUUAUAAAACGCACUGCCAAAAAGAAUUUACAUUGAUAUCCUUUGUACAACUUGAUACUGAUUCUAGAACGGAGACGGAUGAUCCGAGCAUUAGUUAAAUUUUUAAGAUCAUCCAAAGAUUGUAAAUAUUAUUGUAAUAACAUUCUCAUUUGGAUUUGUCUCAGUUUUAUUUCUAAUGCGCGUACAAUAUAUGUAAAUUCAUAUUACUCUAACGAAUACACAGCUGUUUUAGUAGAAAAAUAAUUACUAGUAAUGUACAAUAUGUGUUGAGGAAAGUAGGAUGCUGUUGAUGUAUAUUAAUAUAAUUAAUUAUAAAAAAGAACAAUUGUAGACCCACUCAUAUUAAAAAAGUAUAUAUUCAAUCCUUAUAUUGCUGCUUGAAAAGCAUGGUUUUAAUAGAACUUAGUUUUGUCAGCUAUAUAUAUUUCAAUGCGCAGCAGAUAUGCAACGGUUUAUGAAUUUAUUUUUGUGUCGAGGAUACAACCGCAUAAUACUGUGUAAGCUUUUGUAUAGCAGCAAUAAUUAUAUAAUCUCUCAACCAGCAUUCUACCUUACCUGAGGAGCUCUGCAUAUUAAACAGUUAUUCACCUAGUUUCAUUUUGAAAAGGAAAUGUAGCAGAAAAAAUGAGAUAUCUAGCUAUAUAGAAAAUUUAGAAAAGGAAUACAUUAUUUCUCAAAAUGUAUAAGACAUUAAAUUAACAUUAUUCAGUUACCAAAAACUUUAUUGUACAUGAAAAGUAAGCAAAUAAUUUAUGCACUCAUUUGAAAUUGUAGGAUAUUGAAAUCUGUGAAAGAAAUAAUUGGACAAAUAUUUUCUUGAAUGUUUUACGUACUAAACUCUGUAAUAAAAUGUUACUUUUCAGAAAACUGA